CCCAUCAGCACCAUCAUCCUCGCGCUAGAGGACUCCUCACCUUGGGCAGACACUCCGUUGUAGGAGGUCUCACCUCCCUUCUGCUCCGCGCCGCGCUGCAGCCGCGAUGCGCAUCCUGACGUGGAACGUCAAUGGCUGGCGCAAAAUCAAGACCUACCAGCCCUUUCACGGCCUCUCCACAUGGCCUCGCAUCCUGGCCUACCUCCAGGCAGAUGUCAUCUGCUUACAGGAGACAAAGCUGACGCGCAAGCAGGCGCUCGAGGAGCGCACGAUGCUGCUUCCAGAAGAUGGCAAGUGGGAUUCUGUAUGGGAUUUCCACCCCAGUAGAGGCUACAGUGGGACAGUCGUCUAUUGGAAGAAGGAGGUGACCGGACAUCCAGAGAAGGCGGAGCUGGGCGUGACUGGACGGAAAGGCAUCACGCCAGCUACCGUCUCGUCUUAUACGACUGCAACGCCCAUUGGCGGCUUUCCUGCCACUCUCCAAGAUUCGCUCGAAGAUCACCCCGAGGACGCAACCAUCUUCCAUCGGCUAGACGAGGAAGGACGUGGAGUAGUGGUUGACUUCGGCCUCUUCGUCCUAUUCAAUUUGUACUGCCCAGUCGGAGGCAACGAGUCUCGCGCAGAUUUCAGAGAAGCUUUCUAUGCUGCUCUCAAUGAGCGGUCUCGCAAGCUUCUCGAGCAAGGCAGGGAAGUCAUCAUCGUCGGAGACAUCAACAUUGCCCGACAGCCAAUAGACCAUUGCGAUGCAUCUGACCCCGCUGUUCACUCUGUAGCUCGAGCAGAGUACUACCUGUCCAGCAAGACUCGGACCUGGCUCAAUUCGUUUUGUCACCCCAUCGGACCCUUCCAUGACGUGCAGAGGGACAUCUUCCCAGAGCGUCUGGGCAUGUACACCUGCUGGAGUCAGCUCAUCAACGCCAGGCCAGCCAACUAUGGUACGCGGAUAGACUACACCCUCGUCAGUCCGGGCUUGAGGGACUGGGUGAAAGGAGCGGACAUACAGCAAGAAGUACCAGGCAGUGAUCACUGUCCAGCCUACGUGGACUUCUAUGAUGAGAGAGAAAUCGAUGGGAAGCUGGUUCGCUUCAAGGAUCUGCUCAGCAACGCUGCCAGCUCUCCUGCCCUAGCUACCUCGAGGUGGGAAGAGCUGAACCGGAGAGAUCUAAAGAGCUUCUUCGCCGGCGGAGCAACCAAGACGGGGAGUCUCAGUCAGGAAGGCUCUGCAUCGCCGGUCAAGCGAAGCGGUUCCUCAGCUGCCAUCUAUCAGCCUCCCCCUCGGCCUGGUGCGGCCUCAAGGGACGUCAGCGCUUCACCUGUGAAGUCUCAGGCCAGCAGUGGUGACUUGAACCCGACGCCUCUCUCUACAAAGGAAUCGGAAUCUCUAGAAGCCUCAGAGCUGCCUACAGCGCAGGGAUCGACGGUCAGCUCGUCAACUCCUGGCCGUCCGCCAUCGCUACUGAAGUCCAACGCCAAGACCAACCUCUCAAAGGCCACAACGACUGUGGGUACCAAGAAGAAUGGCGUCAAGCAAGGCAAGAGCGAAGUAGACACUGCAUCGUCAACCAAGAAGCCCAAGCAGCUGAAAUUGGGGAGUUUCUUUGUAGCUCCAUCGGCUCCAGCACGAGUCUCUCCGCCGGCGGCUGAAGCAGUCGACGGUACGCCAGCAUCUGGCUCUGCUCCCACAGCUAAUAGUUCAGAGGCGACUGUCAACGCUGAGCAAUCUCAGACCACCCCGUCUCCGGUCAAGUCGGACGGCAAAGGUCAAAUCCAAGAAGAGGAGGUCGACUGGGCCUACCUCUACUCUCUUCCAGAUCCAGACGCCCCAGCCACCACAUCAACACAUCUGUUGCGUCCUUCUGGCUCGCCCUCGACGAGCAAAAUCGGCAGCGGCUCCUCCUCCUCCUGGUCGUCCCUCUUUUCCGCUCCUCCACCCCCACGCUGUCAAGUGCACAAGGAAGAAGCCACAUCGUACACUGUCAACAAGCGGGAUGCAAAGAACAACUUUGGUAGGAAAUUUUGGCUGUGCUCUCGUCCUGUUGGACCUGGAUACGAAAAGAAGUGGAGCGAGAGGAAAGCUGAAGGCGAGCCGGGAAGGGAGUAUAGGUGUGGUUACUUUGUCUGGAAUAGCGAUUGGGAGGCGGAGCAUCGCAAGAGGAAGGGGGCGGGGAAGCGGGAGAGUGGAGCGAGUGAGGCACUAGAGCUCGCUGCGCAAGAGAGGGAGAGGAAGAAGGGGAAGCUCGCCUGAGAAGAGGAGCUUGAUCAAUUUUGCAGCGCUCGCAUAUCAGCAACACGUCCCACACAUCUGUACAACAAUGCAUCACAUUCUCCCUCUCUCAGCGCCUUGUCAUCAAUCGAGCAAAUUACAGCUUU